AUGUCAAACAUCAGAAACAAAUUGCCACGGCUAAGUGCAAAUGAGGAAGCUGACAGCAGUGCUGAUUUUGAUAGGUUUUACUUCAGGGCCUAUGGGGAUAUCUCUAUACAUGAGACCAUGUUGGGGGAUACUGCUAGGACUAAUUCUUACAGAUCUGCAAUAUUUGGCAGUGGUGCUAUAAAAGACAAAGUCAUUCUAGAUGUGGGAGCAGGCACAGGUAUAUUAAGUGUUUUUUGUGCACAAGCUGGGGCAAAGCAUGUGUAUGCAGUUGAGGCAUCAUCCAUGGCUGAGCAGGCCAAGCUAGUUAUUAAGUGCAAUGGAGUUGAGGACAGGGUAUCAGUGAUACAGGGGAAAGUAGAGGAUAUUGAACUCCCAGAGAUGGUAGAUGUGAUUGUAAGUGAAUGGAUGGGAUAUCUACUUGUAUAUGAAUGGAUGCUGAGUUCCAUUAUAUUUGCCAGGGAAAAGUGGCUAAAAAACAAUGGUGUUCUCUUUCCAAAUACGGCAUCUGUUUUUAUAGCUCCUCUAGGAGACUGUGAAGAUCUGAGAGACAGGUUAAAGUUUUGGGAAGAAAUGAGACCACUCUACGGUGUGGAGAUGGCGUCUUUACAGACGUAUGCAAGGAAAUGCCUCACAGAUGUGGUCCAUGUUCAGCUGGUGCCCCCUCAGAAUGUUCAAGCUCAUGCCUGCCAAGUGUGUAACAUUAAUCUGAAAACUGUACAGGAAGAAGAUCUCAGCAGUGUGAAGGGCAAUUUCCAGUUCAAGUGUUUUGGAUACUCCAGAGUGUGUGGGUUUGUUGUAUGGUUUGACGUCACAUUCCCUGAUCACUCUCAACUGUCCACCUCCCCAUAUGCCGAACCCACACAUUGGGAGCAGUGCAUAGUGUACACCAAGGAAACACAAGAUGUAGCACAGGACACUGAAAUUACAGGAACAUUAGAACUUAAACCUCACAGAAAAGUGUCCAGGUAUGUAGAGGUUGACCUCACUUACAAGUUUGGCAAUUCUGAGGAAACUCAUAAACAGUCUUAUUCAAUGGAUGAGGGAGCUGGGAGCUGAGAAGCACCUUUUCAACACAAAAUUUCUGAUUCUGAAUGGAACUGGCACGUACCAAACCCUUUUGUGGUGCUGCCAGAGUCGCGGGAGGAGGUCGAGCAUCGGUGGUAUAUUUUUCCAUCAUUCCAAUCUGUGACUGAACUUACUAGACUAACAGGCACACAAAGGAGGAUUUUCACACCAAAAUUUUUAUUUAACAAGUUAUCCCAGGGUAAACAGUAUUUCCCCCCUAUUUGCCAACCUUUAAUAUUCCUUUCCUGAUACUUGCCAUAACACUUGUGCCAUGAUUUGCACUCUUUUCAAGCUGUAUCAAGAUAGACAGGGGGCAGUGGUCAUAAUUAAUUUUACGUUAUUUAUUAAGGCCAUUUAUCUGUCAUAUUUGUUUCAAAAGUUUUAUUUGUCCUUAGAAAAGUUUAACAAGGAGCCAUCCAUGCACUUGAAAUGCAUUUUAGGUCCUACAUUGUGUGCCCUAAGUCUAAGAACAGUGUUGAAUCAAUUCUCUUCCAAGAAUACAACAGUGGAGUGUCCUCCCCAAACUUACAAUGAGGACUUUUGCUGGUGCCUGACAUCACACCUAGACGAUGGUGUGCAUGACCUGACAGAGAGAGCCACAACAGGAGAACAAACCCAAGCCGAGUGUCCAUUCUCACACCGAUGUUUAUUAUGCUGGAGAAUAUACAAAUUAACAUACAUUUAAUAUUAAAUAGAACAAAAAAAAUGUUACAUAAUAAAUGUUUUAAGAAAGAAGUUAAUGUGGUUUUAUGUAAAAUUGAGCAUUUUAGUUUAUUUUUUUAGUCUUCUCAAGGUACUACCAAAUGUAAAGGAUUGAUAAACUUGGUAUUCCUACUAAAAUUUUGGCUUGUUCACAAUAUUUUUUCAAAUCUGUUUUUUAGAUUUAUUUUUAAGGAUCAAAUAUGCCUACUUAUA